GAAGCUCAUGGCCGGCCCAGCGAUGACGACUUUGUGCAAGUCCACAUCGAGGAAGAAGAGUCCGACGAGCUCACCGGGCACGAGUUCGGCUCGAACGUGGACUGGGACGAACCAAUGUGGCCCGAUGCUCAGGAUGAGGGGCCCACCGGUGGUCAGGACAACUCUCGGACCUAUGAAGAG